UCCCACUCCAACCGACCCCACGCCGAACCCUCCCACGCUGACCAGCUGGUUCCCUCACCUUCCGCCAACUUCCCUAAUCGGAGUCUCAAGAGCGCUUUCCCGACGUCAUCGCCUCACGGCAUGACCUGCGCCCCGCCAAGAUGCUGCCCCCGGCCGAGCUGUACAGCAUGAUUAUGGAGGACUACCAUAAGCUGGAAGAAAUACCACCGGAAGCACACCUACUCUGCCCCAAGGUAGAUGAUGACGAUUGCGAAAAUUACGAUGACCUUGACGACCCUGGAGACAUCUCAGCGGAGGAGAAAAAACGGAGGCUCGAGGACGCUAAGAAGCGACACGAAAUCACCUACCGGUUAUGUUUCCUGAUGGGCCUCAGCGAAGAGCAGGGAAGUACUUGGAUAGAGGUCUGGGCUAAGCGCCUCGAAGGAUUUCUCACCAGGUGCGACCGCUGCGUGAGAAGCUGGCACCUGGGUCGAGAGCCAUUCCUGAAGCUCACCAUGGACCUUUUCGACGAUGAUAUCCGCGGUGUCAUGGAGGAGAAGCUCAACCAUUUCGACAAGGUCCGGAUAGACGCUGGCGUCGAGGAAGCGGAACGACUCAUCAAGGAGCAUGGGCCGCUGAACGCGACCAGAAUGGCUCGUUUCAGCAUCUCAGCCGUCAUCGCGCUCUUCGAGUCAUUAUGCAACAUGCCAUAUCUGAGCAACCCAGAGAACCGCGUAAAGUUCAACUUCGUGUUCGAGAAAAUGCAGCAGAAGAAGCCGCUCCGAACGCAGGGAGGCCUUAUCCCCACCAUGACAUACUUCCUCUUCGACAAGGACUACUAUCGGAACAUGUUCGCCAGGACGGGAUGGGAGAUUCUUGCGCCUGGGUCCGUUUCCCAACAAGUGUGGGACUGGGCGGUGCAUGACAACUUGGUGGAAGCCAUAACAGAUGCGUCUUACGCAAGAGGGACGCCCACCGCGGAGAAAAUAUCAACGUUCUGGCAAGGGUUCCUCCUUAUCCUGAAUGCCCUGAGCGAAGAACGGGUUGUACACUCGCUCCGGGCCAUGGAAGUGCAGCCGAGUGUCUAUCAUCUCGCCCUGGACCACACUAGGACUGACUCGGACCAGGCGCUCGCACUUGUCAUGAAGGGACUCCGUGCUCUGAUGGAGAAGUCGCCCAAGGCCUUCUGGGCCGCAUAUGACCAAGUGACACCUAACCAGCUCGCAGAAACGAUAUUUGUGAGCCCUGCUUUCCGGCCGUUGCUCGCUCAGUCUUUGGCGCCCGAAAUGAUGGUCCAAGAGGGUGAUAAUGCCACGCCGGCGCUGGCAGCGUGGGUGGAAGCCUCGGUCAAGUCGCUUCCCAUAAGCCGCAGAACCGAGCUCUGCGAAUAUCUCCUGCGCCAUCUCUUCGACAAGUUCAGGGUCGAUCCGACUUGCACUCCGGACGGUCAAGCCACUUGCACUCUGGCCGGCCUGAAGGCCCUCCAUGUGACCCUGGAGGGCUUCCUCGAUCCCAGCGCAAGAGUGGAUUCCGGAACCUCUCUCAUAUACAUCAACACGCUCAUCAACCUCGUCGUCAAGUACAACGAGGUCAUAGUUAGCUCUGCCGAGCGGCGCCCGGGCGAUAGGUACGAUGUCGGCCUGUCCAGCACGGCCGUUGCCACCAUCCACUCGGCUCUCGCACUCGACUCGAAGGCCAUCCGGGUCGAGUGGAAUGCGAUCCACGAGACGGGCGGGGCGCAGCAGACCCUGGAGAGGCGAUCCGGCCAAUUAUGGGAGUCCUUCACCGAGAUGCUCUGGCCGGGUAGGGUUGAGUUAGCCAGGGCCAUGCUCAUGGCAAUCAUGCCUCUGCGGAGUAUCGAGCAGUUCAAGCCGCCCAGGGGCGAAAGGUUGGACGACGGUCCUAAGAAGCAGUUCAACCAGAGAUUCCAGAAGGCUACGGCAGCAAUAGGGACGAUGCUCCGGCGGUUGUCUGACUUCAACCCUGGUGAUCUGCACAUGUUCUGUGCCGAGAUUCCCGGCCGGACAAUCUACCCCAUUGUGGCAUCCCUCAUUCACGGCGAGGACGUCAUCAGGGAGGCCGGUAUAGACCUGCUCAAGGCCAUCACUGGUGAAGCCUCGCGUUCCAAUGCCGUGAACAAGAUGCUCGAAGAGUAUUUCAGUCCCUUCUUGGACGCCUUUUCGGGGGCGGUGAAGACCGUUACCAUCGACAAAGACUCCAACAAUCCUUUUACUCCCGUUCCGCCCACUCUGCAACUUAGCGCAGAUAUCAUGAACGGUCUGUGCGACCCGUCCGUAGGCCUACUGAGAUCAAGGACCUUGACGCAGGGAGAGCUCGGGGCGCUUAGACGCUGGUGGCAGUCCGAAUGGCAUUGCCUGAACCAUUCGUUUAGGACCAUUAAAACAUGGCAUGAGCGGAAUGAUAAGAGGACGCUGGAGGACUUUUUCCGCACGGCGAUGGAACUUGCUGACAAGUUCCUCGACCAAGACGGUCUCAUGGCAUCAGUCUUUAGCCGCCUAGACAGAACUAGCAACACGGCUCAUUCGCGCGGCGAUGCAACCGCCGCAGCUCUGGGAGAUGUGCUUGAGCCACCCCGGGUCUGUUCGAUCGGAAUAGUGGGCAUGCUGCAGAUUCGCGAUCCGUAUCUGGUCUCCAUGACGGUCAGCGUCCUCGUCAAGCUGCUUCGGCGGUUGCGGGAGCAGAAAAUGGUACUGCCGCAUCAGCCGACUGCCAUGAUCCUGAACAGCUGCAAGAUGACGGAGAAGGGGGAAUAUGCGUCGAAGACGAACUUGAACGAUACCCAGCGGGUCGAGAUCUUGAAAGCCUUCGGGGCAGACGUUGAGGACGAAGAUGACGAGCUCCAAUAUCUCGGCAGAGCGCCCCCCAAAUCACAGGACAAGGAAAAGGUGAAGAGGCAGAGCAGGCUUGAUUUCUCAAAGGCCGCCGAGUCGAGCAGGUCUGCCCUUCGCACCAACCGAGAAGACGUUGUCGACUUGACCAGCUCGGUCGACAAGUACCGGCCAACCCUUGAUAAGAUCAAGGCUCGCCAGGCGUCCAAGCCCGACCAGAGGCUAUUGCUCGCAACUCAAGCCUCGAUUAAGGAAGCUAGACUUAAGGAGAAAGCAGAGAAGGCCAAGAGAGAUGCCGAAGCAAUCGCCAAAGCGAAAGCCCUGCGUGCACCCCCUAAGAUCGUUCCGGGCGAGGGCUCUGGACUCCAGGGCAUCGCCGGCGUCAGGGGCAAGGAUCAUUCGCAAGGCGGUCAGAAGGACCAGAUCAUGGUCGGCAGCUCGUCUGAGGACGAGGACGAGUCGGACGAUGAUGCCGCGUUGCUCAACCAGGGCAGGGCCGGCCAGAAGAUGAUGGAUGAAGCUGCUCGUCGUCAGCAACGAGCGAUGCUCGCAGAGAAACGUCCUGUCAAGAAGACCAAGCUGCAACGGUCUGCGAAGGAUAUGCGUGCUCGCCUCAUCCCGCCCAUGGAUGUCCUGCACGAGGCCAUCCUGCAAUGGGACAUCUUCCACACGGGCAACGACCCACCCAACGGUGUUCAAUGCUCCAACGUUGCUAAUGCUUACUUGAGCCCCCACGAGUACAAGCAGACGUUCCUACCCCUCCUCAUCUACGAGGCCUGGCGUUCGUUUGUGACGUCCAAGGACGAGUCCACGUCGAGACCGUUCGGCAUCAAGGUGGUCAAUCGCAUGUCCGUCGACAGAUUCCUAGAGGUCACCACAUCCAUGCCCCUCACGCCAACCAGGGACCGAAGCUUGGGAGAGGGCGACAUCAUCCUCCUCUCCAAAGGACAGGAUCCGCUCCGGCAGAGCGAUCUUCCUCAUUGCCUUGCCCGUAUCUGGAAGACGACCUACAAAAAGGAGUCGGUCGAGGUCGUGUACCGCCUAAUCGGCAAGAACAACCAGAUCCUUCCCGUCCUGCUCCCUGGGGCCGACUUCUACGCCGUCAAGAUCACCAACAUGAUAACCAUCGAGCGAGAGUAUGCGUCCCUCGAGAGUCUGCAGUACUAUGAUCUCAUGGACGAAGUCCUGAAAGCCGAACCGUCUCCGAUCCUUCGCUUCGGAAGCCAGGCGGUUGAGGAUGUCGUGAAGAACUAUCACGUCAACCCGGGUCAGGCAAAGGCGAUUCUGAACGCAAAAGAGAACGACGGCUUCACGCUCGUCCAGGGACCUCCCGGAACGGGCAAGACAAAGACAAUCGUUGCCAUGGUCGGCGCGCUGAUGACCGGCGUGCUCAAGUCUCCCAACGACGCAGUGGCCAUCACUCGCCCGGGGGCUGGCCCGUUGGGAGGCCCUAGCCCAUCAAAUCGGAGCCCUUCGAAGAAGCUCCUCGUCUGCGCACCUUCCAAUGCCGCCGUGGACGAACUCGUUGUCCGUCUCAAGGCCGGCGUCAAGACCAUGAACGGCUCGUUCCAUAAACUCGAAGUCAUCCGCCUCGGGCGUAGCGAGGCCAUCAACGCCGCGGUCAAAGACGUCACCCUGGACGAAUUGGUCAAAGCUAGGAUGAGCGCCGAGAUGGAAAAGAACGGCAACGUCAGCGACAGGGAGCGGAUGCAUCAGGAAGCCGCCGAGGUCAAGCAGAAGCUCGCCGAUCUGCGACCUCAGCUCGAGGCUGCCAGAGAGAGCACGGAUAGGGGCUCGUGUCUCAAGCUGCAGCGGGAAUUCGACGAGCUCAAGCGGCGACAGGCGCACAUCGGCGCCAGGAUCGACGCCGCCAAGGACAAUGGCAAUACCUACGCACGAGAGGUCGAGAUUAAGCGUCGCCAGAUCCAACAAGAGGUCCUGGAUAAGGCCCAGGUGCUAUGCGCCACCCUAAGCGGCAGCGGGCACGAGAUGUUCAAGAAUCUGAACGUCGAGUUUGAGACAGUCAUCAUUGACGAGGCGGCGCAGUGCGUGGAACUAAGUGCGCUCAUCCCUCUCAAAUACGGCUGCUCGAAAUGUAUCCUCGUCGGAGAUCCCAAGCAGUUGCCGCCCACCGUCCUCUCGCAGUCUGCCGCUCGUUUUGGAUACGAUCAGAGUUUGUUCGUCCGGAUGCAACAAAAUCAUCCGGACGAAGUCCAUCUACUCGACCGGCAGUACCGCAUGCACCCAGAGAUCAGUCGAUUCCCUAGUCAGGAAUUCUACGAGGGUCGUCUGGAAGACGGCGCCGAUAUGGCGCAGCUACGGGCGCAGCCGUGGCACCAGAGCGGUCUUCUGGGGCCCUACAGGUUCUUCGAUGUCCGAGGCGUCCAGGAACGAGGCAACAGGGGCCAGUCUCUGGUCAACGCCGAGGAACUCAAGGUUGCAAUGCAACUCUACGACCGAUUCCGUAUCGACUAUAGUAAGCUCGACCUCAAAGGGAAGAUCGGCAUCAUCACUCCAUACAAGGCGCAACUAUUCGCACUGCGCCAGCGCUUCACGGACAGAUACGGCGAGGGCAUCACGGAGCAGAUCGAGUUCAACACCACGGACGCGUUCCAGGGCCGCGAGUGCGAGAUCAUCAUAUUCUCCUGCGUCCGGGCCAGUCCAACCGGAGGCAUCGGUUUUAUGACGGACAUCCGCCGGAUGAACGUCGGACUGACUCGAGCGAAGUCGUCCUUGUGGAUUCUUGGAGACUCGCGCGCCCUCGUCCAGGGCGAGUUCUGGGCAAAGUUGAUCACAGAUGCAAAGCACCGUAAUCUCUAUACGAACGGCGACGUUAUGGCACUGUUGAAGCAGCCGGAUGCACAAGUACGAGGCUCCCUACCUCCUCCGACUGCAUCGCCCUAUGCUAACCAGUCUCGGCAGGCUCCUCAGCCUCGGCGGUCUGCUACUCCUCUUGAUGUGCAGAUGGGCAAUACUUCUGACCCUCCCCAGCGACCACCGUCGCAAAAUUCUAUCCCGUCUCGGUCCACCACUCCGCUGCAGACGGCCAAUGCUCCUGGCCCUCACCAGCGACCACCAUCACGACAAUCCAUUCCGCCUCCUGGGCGUCGGCAAUCGGUAGAGAUGACCGAUGCUCCUAACCUUCCCCAGCGACCUCCGUCACGACAAUCCAUCCAGCCUCCUGAAGCUCCGGCUGCACAUCGAGCCGUCGAGAAACCAGGACCUCGAAGACCACACUCCUCAUACGGGGCACCAAUCAUUGGAGGCUUCGAUGCUAAUGGGCAGGCCAUACCCGUCACCCCACAUGAGGUUGACCGUCCCGUUGUGCACGCCUCGCGGGCACCGGAACCGGGUUCCAGCGCCGGGAAGAAGCGGCCCCUGGACGCCAGUGAUAAUACUCACCCGGCGGCGAAGAGAGUAGGUCAAGGCUUUGAAUAAUCGACUGCCAGCACUUGGGAAUGACUAAAUUGGAAACCGUAGAUGCUCAACGCGCCCUCGAUUCUGCGAGGAGCUCAGAGGGCUCCAAGAGCCCCCAAGGCCUAUAGGCCUCCUCCACCGCCCACCGAUCCAUCUGCGAUGGAAGUCUUGGGCUUGGUUCCUCCGCAACGGCCCCCACCCCCUCCCUCUGCCCCACCCCCUCCUCGGGUUCCCCCU